GGGCUUCAGAGCCUCGCUCUGAUAGUCGUCGGAUCGCUGACCUAUUUCUUCACGGGCUCUGAAUAAUCACGCUUCGGAACUUCCGGGAGCAUCUGGUUUGAUCUGUCUGAACCAAAAGCACGGCUCUGCGUGGAGCUGCCGUUGGCGUUGAUGUCUUGCGCAUCAUGCAGGGUUUACUCGGCAAGGCUACUUGCGGUGACAAGCUUCUUUUGGCGCGAAUUUGUUCGAUAUAAAAGGUCCAACUGACUCCUGCCUCGUAUUGCAAAUGGUCGGUGUUCCGGGAAAAUCCAGGGCUUGCUGGGACUGCAAGAAGAGAAGGGUGAAAUGUGGCCUUGAACGCCCCGAAUGCCGAAGAUGCUCGAAAGCCGGCAGAAAAUGCUUAGGAUACGAUCAGAGCCCGCUCUUCGUCAACAGGACCAUAGAUCGGCCUCAUUUGUCUGCCCCGGAGGUCAUUGCAGAAGGUUCAAUGUCAAAGCAUUCAUGGAGUUCCACAUCCAGCGAGCUAGAGCGACUGUACACACUUUACUCGGACUGGCGGCGCAACCCGGUCACUUUUCGACUUCUCGCAUACAGGUUGAUAGAAAAGCUGUACCUGCCAUGUGCGGAAACUGUUGAUGGCUUGUUGCGCAUCACCACCCCCUUCUCGUGGAUAAGUGCCGCUUGUGAGUUGAGCGCGCCCAAUGAUGUUCUCGACCGCUCGUUGCUCGCCUUCUGCACCACUCAGGUGUACGCAACUGAAACUGGGCAUAUCGACUAUGAAACAGCAGUGGAAACGUAUAAUAGCGCAUUGCGGAUGCUGUCAGAUACCCUGGCUAGAGAGGCAGUCAACAAUCCCAUAUAUAUCUUAGCCUCCAUCGUUAUCUUGUCCAUAUGCGAGCUUUUUAUCUUCUAUACAGACGAAGGAUGGCGCGCACAUGUUCAGGGUGUCGCCGAUGUUCUCCGUCUUAGGCAGAGCGAGGCGGUUUCCCCAGUGCCAAGCAGUAUAUGGUAUAGGCUUUGCUCACGUCUGCGAGUGAUGAGCGUCCUUUCGCAACUCAUACGGCGACAGAAAGGAGCUCUGACAGCAGCGCAAUGGAUGGAAGUACUCCCAGAGCAUGCGGAUACAGACCCUUUGGAUAAGAUUAUGCAUAUUUGUUGCGACUUACCGGACACGCUGGAGGCUAUUGAAGAUGUGCUGAUAAGAGACAAUUCUUUCGAGCCCUGUAUACAGAAAAUCACUGACAAAUUGGUUCAUACGCUUGCCAAAAUAAGCUUGCUGCAAUCAAAUCUGCUCCAGUCAUCUCCCACAGCGCUCUACACCACUGUGCCGGCUCUUCUCACAAGUCCUGCAGACAACGGGGAACAUUCCAAGCUCUUUCCGUUUGUCUUUACAUUUCGGUCGCUGCAAGUCGCUAGCUACUUCAUCGUCUCGUGGGCGUUGCAGCUUCAUAUUUACAUGAGCUUAAUGCGAUUGAGCAUGCGAAGAGGUUCAAGUGGCGAUUCCUAUUCUACCGUGCUCGAUCUUCUCGCAGUUUCUCCGGGUUCUGAAGACGAGGAAUUCAUCCGCGGCAAUUACGUUGCAUUGCAAAGAGGAACGAUCAAGGAGGUUGCUGAGAAAUUAGCGCACGAUCUUUGUCGGUCAGUCGAAUACUGCCAUAAGCCACAUAUGGGUACGUACGGUCCGCAGACAAUGUUAUAUUCGCAGUGGGUCUUAAGGGAAUACUUUCAGCACUUUGGAUCGCAGCGGGAGCUCUUGUGGAUUCUCGCAGUGAAGGAAAUGCGAGGCGCGCCGACGCGCUGCGGGAUGAUGAUGAUGAAGUUUCAAACGUAGUAUGUCAUGAUCUCCAUUUCCUCAGAGUGAUAAUACGGCGUUACAUGCAGAAAUCACCCGUCCCUGAAGCCCUGGAACCGUUGGAAUCAGCAAGAUCCAUAAUCAAACAAUUUUCCUCCUAUAUCAUGAGUUCUUAUCGACUCUUUCGCUGUACCUCCAUGACCUCGAGUACCAAACCAGAAUAGCAAAGUGGGCUCGAAUUUUUUUUUUGGUUCAAAUGGCACAGAACGCUGCGAUACUGGGUCAGCAAUCGAGAUGUCGUGAUGAGAUAGAUUAUACAGCGUGGCGGUGAUCGUCAAGGCUUAACAGUAUUGCCAAAGUCUGGACCUUAGUGGUCUAGGUUACAUGAAAAGUGCGAAUUUGGAGAAUGAGGUUGAUUUACAGGCUUUUUGUGGAGAUUAUACUGUUUGUGUGAGCAUAAAGUAAGGCGAAGAGAUAUGUGUUGUUGCUGGCUGCAUGUAAC